UAUAACAUCGUUUUUAAAUCACCUACUAUGAUUAACCAAAACACAGGUACAUGUAAAAUUUAAAUCGUUCUAGAAUCGUCAAAAUGGGACUGGGUACCUGCUACCCAAACGCUAGAGAUUACAAUCAAUUCGAAUAAAGUAUAAAUAGAAACAACUCCUUCAAUUGUUUUGACUCACCCCGAAGGAGAUGUAAAUAUAUGAAUAGACUUUUUUAGGCCUAUCCUGAACCAUAUGUAACUUUGGUUAUUGACACUGAGAAACAACUUAAAUAUUCCGAGGAAUUAGGAUGGAAUUGGCAUAAGAGCUGGAAUUUGCCCAAUAUUGUGGUUAGAUUAGAAGUAAUGACCUUCUCAUAUUAAUAGAUUAAAGAUUCGCAAACAUAGGAACUUUUGCUUUCUCCCAAAAAUUUGUAUGCCCAAUUGUAUGCUGUGAAAAAAGUGCAAGAAGGUAGUCGAGUCAUACUUCAAGAUGUCGGAUUAAGAGGAACAAGUAAAUUGGAACUAAUUGACGGUCAAGCAUAUUUUUCAGUAAAUUAAUUUGCAAAUCUUAAUUGUAGGCAUUGAGAUUUGCAUCAACCUCGUAUAACAAUGAAGGUGUCAAAUUUCAUUUAUUAAUGAGUGUGUACAUUCAAAAUUCUGAUACUGAAAAGCCUCAAAUAUUGAAUUCCACCAUUUCUCCUCCCAUUUUCGUAGACAGUCGAAAGAGUGCAGGCAAUUCUGAACAAAAGAAAUUAUACUUACAUGCAGAACCCUUUACCUUCGACUUGCUAGAUAAAAAGUACUUCAAAAGAGAGAACAAAAGGAAGACUGAACAAGACGUAGAAAUAGAAAAUGACUUCGAGAGUUUGUUUAAUUACUUGACUGCUCCCAACAUUCGUCACAAGGUGAAACAUCCUCUAUUUUUAAUCAUCAAAUUUUCUACUUGUGUGUCUCUCUACUAUAAUCCUAUGACCGUUGAGGGAAAUGUUAAAACCAUAAUGGAAAAACUCUAAAGUCAAUUAACUAAGGACAUCAUUACUAAAUAGUUGAGUUCUGCUGGGGAGAAACAAUUUUAUUUGUUGAUAGAAGAAAACAAUGAUCAAAAUAAGAACAAAAAAGUGACUGAAGCCAUUGAUUUUCUCAAUACUGGUUGUUUGGAAAUAGUCAGGAAGGAAGAUUAAAUUCCUUCCAAAUUUGUCAAAUUGGGAGACUCUGCAGAAAUCUUAGAAAAUUAUAAAUAAUGCUUUGAUCAGUUAUUAAAGAUUUUCAAAUAAUUAACUUAGAAAUUUUGUGAGAGUGACUCAAAUGAUUCAGAUGACAACUAUUCUGACUCAGAGUCGCAAUUCCCAUAAAAGAAGGUCAAACUCAAUGAAGAACAGAACAAACCCACUCAAGAAUUCAAGAAACCCAUCAUCCCUCCUGAAUAGAUACCUGUGUAAUUGCAACCUCAAUAACCUACUGAUAUUGGGCUCCCACAAGCACUCAAUCAAUAAUAGUAGAAACCCAUUUAACAACAACCAUAACCACCUAAAAACAAACCAGCCGAUGUCAUUAAUAAACCAAUCACUACUUAAGCACCCAAUCCGAUUCAAUAGAAUCCAUAAUUAUAAAAUAAAAAAUAAGUAGGGUAACCUUCUUCUUCAUUUACUGCCCCUUAACCACUUUAAUAACACCCGUAGCCUCAAUAGCCCCAAUAAACACCACCUAUUUAGCUUCAAUCUUAUCAAAAACCUAGUCAUCCCCCUGGAAUCCAACCCAUCAACAUACCUGCCUAAGGACUUUAAGGAGCACCUUAACACAUGAAUCCUGCAUUCCCUUACUAAUUCUAAUAACCUGAUUCUAAUGCUUUGCAAUAAGUCGUGCAAUAUUAUCAGCUCCAACAAUUACUACUGUUAUAAUAGUAAUAAUAACUCAAUUAGCAAUCCUUCCCAUCUCAGGCAGGUAUGAUGGGCAAUCCAAUGCCAACAUAACCACUAAACUAUAUGUAGGGCUUGGGUGGAUUGGGAAUGCCUUAAGGGUAAUUGAAUCCUCAAACCUUGAUGGGAUAAAACCAGAACUUUUAAUAACUGCAACAACAAUUAUUAGCCUAACAAUUGAAUUCCUAAUUGAAUUCUUAAUUGGGACUUUAAUCUGGAUUGCCAUAAUAAUUGGGAUCUGGAAUGAGCUUGUAGUAAUAGUACUUGUAGUAGCAAUUGUAAUAAUAAAUGGGCUUAGGCAGUUUUCCAAAUUUUAAUCCAUUGAUGGGACUUUACUAAGGAUAGCAACACAAUAUAAAGAAGCCUGGAGAGGGUUCAGGAAUAAUAAAAUAAGAGCCAUAAUGA